AUGAGUGACCAGGCAACCACUUCCAUCUCCAACGAGGAUGCCUUCGCCAAGGGCAAAGGCAAGGCUGACCCUGCGCAAGACAUGAGCAUGGACGAGUCAAGCGAGUCAGAGGAGGAGACCGAGCUCCCCGAGAAUGAAGAGGAGGAUGACGGACAAGACAACCUCAACGAUCCCAUCGACCAGAGCAACAUCAUCCAGGGUGGCCGACGUACACGCGGAAAGGUCAUUGACUACUCCAAGAUCUCCACCGAUGACAUGGAGGAUGACGAGGAUGAUGAUGAGGAAUACCAAGCUCGCGAGGAUGACCAAGGCAAUGAUGAGGACCAGAUGCGCGACUAA